CGGGGGAGAGUGGGAGUAGGCUACUUCUCUCUCUUCGCAGCUACACUCCACACCCCCAGCACAAUGGCUACUGAUACUACCUGGGAGACACCCAAGACCUACCUGUUUGCUGCAGAUGGCUCCGAGCCGUCCAAGAGGGCGCUGACGUACCUGCUCGGGAUGACCCGCCCGGGCGUGGAUUCUGUCCAUGUGGUGACGGUCACUGCUGACGACGCUGCGCCCGAAGAGCUCCAGUCGCUCGUCCAUCACUACGUCCUCCAGCUGUGCGAGGCCAACAUCGACGUCGAGCAUGUCGAGCGCCACUCGGAUGCGCCGGCAAAGGAGCUGUGUGCCGUCGCCGAGUCUGGCACGUACCACAUGAUGGUCAUGGGCUCGCGCGGGCUGGGCAAGAUCAAGUCCAAGCUCCUCGGCUCGGUCUCCGACUACUGCGUCCGCCACGCCUCCAUUCCGGUCUGUAUCGUCCGCGCUCCGCCCAAGGCAUAAGGUGCAUCGAGUGCACCGGCUCCAGCCGAGUAA